AAGACAUUUAACCCCUUCAUUUAUUCUUAGACCAAUUAUUCAUAAAAGCUAGUACACUAAUGAAAGGUGUUUCAUAUAUUCUGUACUUCUCAAGCUUCAAUUCACCACCCAUAUUAUGAUGGAUUCCAUUGUUCUUGAAGAACCUUCCUCCUCCAUCACCUAUGGUGGCAGCGGCCGAGCAAUAGACCGUCACAACCCCAUCAUUAGAGAUGAAAAAAGACUCGGUCAAGGACGUAUCUUUCCUUCUAGCCCCGCCUCCACCACCGUGGACAACCACCACCAAAACCUGAAACCAGAUGCGGAAGCCGGUGAUCAGAAAAGAAAGAGUAUUGCGUUUGCUUAUGGUGAUGGUGAUUCUCUCAGCCCAGCAAGUUCUUCAAGGUGCUUGUUGAGUGACAGACCCACGUUUAAUUUCUCAUCGGACUUUCACGAUGUUCUGCCGCCACCACCAUCACCGCCACUUGAACCACUCAAAUUUCAACACGGAAAGUCUGUGAAGAAAGAUGAUCAUUUACUCUGCUCUCCUUCACCUACACAACAACCACCACCGUCGCCGCCUCCAUAUGAAGCUCUCAGCUUUCUUAAUCUUGAUGAUGAUUCACCGUCCUCUUCUCCUCCUAAACCACCGCUGUCUCCGCUCCUGCCACCUCAUGAAUCGCUAAAGCUUCAUAAUCGCAAAGCUUCAGACAAGAAACACCAUGAUCAACCGACACCCUAUUCCGUCCAUAAACAAUCUUCACCGCCGCCACCCCCUUCCUCUUCCGAUCAGGUAGUUGUCUUGCAGGUCUCACUGCACUGCAGGGGUUGCGAAAGGAAAAUGAAGAAACAUAUCUCCAAAAUCGAAGGGGUAACUUCGUUCAAAAUUGAAUUUGCGGCCAAGAAGGUGACGGUGGUCGGAGAUGUGACGCCGCUGGCAGUUCUGACCAGCGUGCUAAAGGUCAAAAACGCGAAACUGUUGACUCCAGUAACAAUAUCAUCAUCUUCUCCAAUUGAGCCUUCACACCUCACGAAAUAGAAUAUAUUCUGAUAGAAUUUUUGUUUGGAAUAAAUAUUCUACACCAUCCUUUAUGAGUUAUGUCGCAAUAUUUUUCUAUUUUACGUCACCUGCUGUUAACGUUUAUCAUGUAAAGUAUUGGG